AUGGAUUCAGAUAUACCUUUUACAUCAUUAGCACCACAUGUGUUCAAUGGUAACAAUUAUCAUGUCUCAGCUACUCGAAUGGAGGCUCAUCUGGAGGUAAAUGAUCUUUGGGAAGCUAUUGAAGAGGAGUAUGUAGUGCUAGAAUUACAAACUAACCCAACACUGGCACAGAUGAAGAAUCACAAAGAGAAGAAGACAAGGAAGUCAAAGGCAAGGGCUAAUAUGUUUGUUGCUGUGUCAUAUGAGAUUUUCAUCAGGAUAAUGACUAUAAAGUCAGCAUUUAAGGUCUGGAAAUUUCUCAAAGAAGAGUAUGUAGGAAAUGAAAAGAUUAAGGGGAUGCAAGUUCUUAAUUUAAUUAGGGAAUUCAAGAUGGUGAAGAUGAAGGAUUCAGAGACCAUCAAAGAGUACUCUAAUAGAUUACUCACAAUUAUCAACAAGGUAAGAUUGCUUGGCAUUGAGUUUCCUGAUUCUAGAUUGGUUCAAAAGGUGUUGGUAACUAUUUCUGAAAGGUUUGAGGCUACCAUUUCCUCAUUAGAGAACACUAAAUACCUGUCAAAAGUUAGUCUUAUAGAAAUCUUGAGUGCCUUUCAGGCACAAGAACAGAGAAGAUUGAUGAGAAAUGAAGGGUUUGUAGAAGGCAUUGCUAGCAAAAGUGCAGUCAAGCCAAAGUGA